GGGGGCGGUGCGCGCCGGCGUGACGCGGCUGCGCUGGAAGAGCCGGGCCAAGGCCGAGGCGGCGGUGGCGGUAGCUGGAGGCGGCGGAGCGACGACUGCCCUGCAUCCCAACCACCAUGAGCACCAAGCAGGUCACUUGCAGGUAUUUUAUGCAUGGUGUGUGUCGGGAAGGAAGCCAGUGCCUGUUCUCACAUGACUUGGCAAACAGCAAGCCGUCUACCAUCUGCAAGUACUAUCAGAAGGGCUACUGUGCCUAUGGAACUCGAUGCAGAUACGAUCACACGAGGCCCUCUGCUGCCGCUGCUGGUGCUCCAGGUACCGUGCCCCACAGUGUGCCCUCCUCGGGUUUCCACGGUCCUCGCCCUCCUUCCGACCUCACCGCAUCUGUUGUGAAAACUAAUUCACAGGAACCUGGGAAACGCGAGAAGAGAACAUUGGUACUUCGAGACCGAAAUCUUUCUGGCAUGGCUGAAGAAAAGACUUCCCCCGGCAUGGUGAGUAAUCCAGGUGGCUGCAGUGACUCCCAGACCAGCCCAGAGAUGAAGCCGCAUUCUUACCUGGAAGCCAUCAGGAGUGGCCUCGAUGACUUGGAAGCCAGCAGCUCCUGCAGCAGCGGGCAGCAGCUGUGCCCCUACGCGGCCGUCGGGGAAUGCCGGUUUGGGGAUGCCUGUAUCUACCUGCACGGGGAAGUGUGUGACAUCUGUAGGCUGCGAGUGCUGCACCCCUUUGAUCCAGAGCAGAGGAAAGCUCAUGAGAAGAUCUGCAUGUCCACAUUCGAGCACGAGAUGGAAAAGGCCUUUGCCUUCCAGGCAAGUCAGGACAAAGUUUGCAGCAUCUGCAUGGAAGUGAUCCUUGAGAAGGCCACUGCCUCCGAGAGGAGAUUUGGGAUCCUCUCCAACUGCAAUCACACGUACUGCCUGUCCUGCAUCCGACAGUGGCGGUGUGCCACGGAGUUUGAAAACCUAAUCAUUAAGGCUUGUCCAGAAUGCCGUGUGAUAUCAGAGUUUGUGAUUCCAAGUGUGUAUUGGGUGGAAGAUCAGAAUAAAAAGAACGAAUUGAUUGAAGCCUUCAAACAGGGGAUGGGGAAAAAAGCUUGUAAAUACUUUGAGCAAGGCAAGGGGACCUGCCCAUUUGGAAGCAAAUGCCUUUAUCGCCAUGCUUACCCUGACGGGCGGCUAGCGGAGCCUGAGAAGCCCCGGAAACAACUUGAUUCUGAAGGUUCCGUGAGGUUCUUUAAUUCAGUGCGGCUCUGGGAUUUCAUUGAGAACCGAGAAAGCCGGCAUGUCCCCAACACGGAAGAUGUUGACAUGACAGAACUUGGCGACCUCUUCAUGCACCUUUCUGGAGUGGAGUCAUCAGAACCCUAAAGAGUAAAUGGUCACCCCUGCGUCUUGGGCUCUGCCGGCCAAAACUUUCCCCAGCCAGGUGUUGAGCUUCCCUGUGCUGCAGCUGGAGUGGCGUGUGGCGUGGCUUUGAGUGGGGUACACUUAGCCUCCGGCUCAUCCUCUCUCCGUUAUUACAGGCAUGGGAAGAGUGAAGGAUAUAAAAUAACCUAAUAAGUGUAUGGAAUUGCUAUUUUUAUAGUUAUACUUAGUUACACUUCAAGCCCCUCAGGGGGACCAGCUAACCAUUCAGACUGUUGAGUGAUUGCUUCUAGAAAACCUGGCCCUUGUCCUUUUUGAUCUUUUUCUCCCUGCCCUUAGUAAGCAGCAGCUUUUUCUUACCAAAGGAUCUUUAACCCUAUAAAAGGAUUCCUCUAUGGUGAAUUUCUCUAUGUGUAUUUAAAUAGUGUGUGGUCAAAAUUUUGAUUUGUUAGAGGGCUUGGGGAAAAAAUUUUUUUUAUUUGUACAGAGCUUCCCAAAAAUACAAUGUUCAAGUAAGCCCCGCACAGCUGUGGCAUAAAAUGUUAUUGUUGGCUUUAAGGAUAGUCAUUCUUCUGAGUAGUCUUGUUGCCAUAUUUGCAGCAAAGUAAAAGUGUAAAUCCUUUUCCCUGUUAGGGAGGUUCUUGAAGUUAAGGAGAAGUACUGGGUGGGGAUGUAGUAGUCCAGUCCUCCCUUCUGGUUGGUGCAGGGGCCUGGAGCAGAGGUGGCCCUGCUCUCACCCAUGGGCUCAUGCCCAUCAGGGUGUUUGUUUUGAGUGCUCAGAACACAUGUGUGCUUCAUGCUCAAGCCAUCUAUUCUUAUCUGUAAAACCGGGCUUCAAUUAGGAAUUCUGUAAAAAUUUCACAGCGCCUAGGGAGGUUUUUGAUCCAUUAAGACUGAAGGCAAGUACAACCUUGUGAACCAGAACAAACUCAUUCCAAGCCUGAAUUUAUCUAUUUUUGUAAAAAAGAAAAACUGUACCAGAUAAUACCAAAUAUUUUAUAAAAUGCAUUAAUUUUUUUAGUUAACUCUUCAGUAAAGGGUUAUAAAUAACAGACAAAAGCUAAAUAAAAUGCAUUCCCAGUUGAG